CCGGUGUCAUGGAAUAUAAUGAAAGACUUGCUCGUUUUCGUCAGGGUCAUGUCAACCCAUUUGACAGGAGAGAGAUCGACAGCAGCACUGAGGGGAAGGAUCCUCCAAAACAUGAGGUGAGGUCGGAGAUCUUUUCCUCAGAAUCCAAAACUCAACGUUCAGACCGAGCAAUGGAUCUGGGCUUGGCCGAAGACCAUUUCUCUCAACCUGUGGGUUCGUUUGUGGCAUCUGAUGUAGACCAGCUAAAACAGGCCAUAGCAGAGUGCAAGAGACUGAUCCUGGAACUGCCAGAACAUUCAGAGAAACAGAAGGACACAGUCAUCAAACUGAUCCACCUUCGGCUCAAACUACAGGAAUUAAAGGACCCAGAGGAAGAUGAGCCGAACCUGCAGGUUCUAUUAGAGCAUCGAUUCUCAAAGGAGAAAAGCAAGAGUGUCAAACAGAUGUGUGACAAGUGUAGCACUAUCAUAUGGGGCCUCAUUCAGACCUGGUACACCUGCACAGGUUGUUAUUACCGUUGUCAUAGCAAGUGCAUGAAUCUUAUCAACAAACCAUGUGUGAAGUCAAAGGUCAGCCAUCAGUCUGAGUAUGAACUCAGCAUCUGUUCUGAAGUCGGUCUAGACAAACAGGACUACAGAUGUGCUGAGUGUUGGACACCCAUCUCUCUACGGGGUGUUCCUAAUGAGGCACGGCAGUGUGAUUAUACAGGUCAAUAUUACUGCAGCAGCUGCCACUGGAAUGACACAGCCAUUAUUCCGUCUAGAGUCAUACACAACUGGGAGUUUGAGCCCCGUAAGGUGUGUCGUACAUCAAUGCGCUAUCUUGCUUUGAUGAUAUCCAGGCCUGUGCUCAAACUGAAGGAAAUCAACCCUCUUCUCUUUAACUUUGUGGAGGAGCUGGUGGAAAUCAGAAAAUUACGUCAGGAUAUAUUGCUAAUGAAGCCAUAUUUCAUCACCUGUAAGGAGGCCAUGGAGGCCCGACUCCUGCUGCAUUUCCCAGUAAGCAUGUGA